AAACUUUGCUGACACCUGCGUAAUCUAACAGGUCGUAGAUCUAGGGUUGUUUUGUGUUUUUGGUUAAUCUACUCACUCUUCAACUGGAUUGAUUGAGGACCGGUAAUGAUUUUGUGAGUUCGUAGUAUUUGAGAGCUGUCUAACAUGAUGCGAGUCAUCCUUCUCUUAGCAGCUUGUGUAGCUGUUUGCUCGGCCUUGGAAUGUAUUUCAAGUUCAGCCUCUGAAAAUCUUCAAGCGUUACCGGCUUCUUACAAAAGCCAUGAGAACUUUGCCCUCUUUGGUAAGCUGACUGCUUGUCCUCGUGAAAAUGAGGAGUUGGCAGACAGCUUGCGGUUUUUCAUAACACCAAAAGAAGGCGUUGAUGUGGUCCUCCUGAAUGAUCAGGCCGGAGACUUCAUGUUUAUGCCUGGCACUGACUAUGUCGGGAUCAUGAUGUUUCAGUACCACGUGGAAGAUGACCAAGGUCGCAGUGAGCCAAGCACCGUCACCAUUAACGUACAACCAAAAAGCGCCUCACCAUCCAUUGAUGGGGCUGCGCACAUCAUUGGCCUUGAAGACAGUGACACUGAACUGGACUUCCAGAUUGAUGAUGCCCAGGAUGAGCAGUGGAACGACCUCUCUAUCGCCCUCUGUAGCUGUGCCAAGGAUGUGACUUGUGAUAGGGAGGAUGGUUGCCAUUGUCACCUGAGUCUACCUGAUGGUUGGCAAAUAUUCAGUGGCGAUCAGCAGCUGACCCUGGAAGAUCUGAAGUCCUUGAGCCCCAGUGAUGUCGGAAACUUGGUCUUGAGAGCCGCUCCUUCGUCUGCUGCCCAGCAUUGCCUUGACAUCCAUGUCAUUGACCCUAACAAUGAAGAUGAUCCAUCAAUGUUCAAGAAACCACUCAAUAUUCACAUCCAUCCCCUCCAUACUAUCUUCAUGAAACCUCAGUCUGUUGUCUCAGAAGUAAGACCUGAGACACCUACACCUAAAAUUCGCCAGUCCGUUCCAGUGAAUCUGACCACCAGCCAAGGAAGACCCUAUGUGUUCCACGAUCUGAGAGUGAUGGAUGGGGAUGGCAUCAAGGGGACGUACAUGGUGACCGUUCGUCUUGACCAAGGUGGCCUCCUGUGGGUCAGGCAAGAUCUGAGACAGGAUGUGGUGUUCUUACCGCUUACAGAAGAAAUUCACACUGAAGAUAUAUCACCUGAUAAGGUGUAUCAGCUCCUUCAGCGCUUUGGUACAUUCAAGUCUGGAAAUCGACCUUUUGACCUGGAAGAAAACAACAACGGGGCCAAAGUGCUGACAUUCAUUGGAUCUUUGGAGGGUAUCAAUGAAGUCCUAGCGACUUUGACCUUUGUACCCUGGUGUUCUAACUGGCCUGUUCCACCUUCCUGGCCUGUACCAGCAAAGAGCUGGAUGAAUCAUGACCCCAUGACCCCUCCUGAGGAUGCACACUACCCUACAAUCUGGCCACAGUGGUACCCCCGAUUCUGGUACCCCUUCCCCUCCACCCACUGGUCCUGGUGGCCCCGCGUGAUGCCCCCCUGGUGGCUGUCAUCCCCUUGUUCUAACUGGACCAGUACCGUCACGAUGAGGGUCCAGGAGGUCCCACCACCUCUGACUUGCCAGGAAUCUAAAGGUACUCGGUCUGUGAGCGAGUGGUCUGCCAGAAUCGCUGUCAACGCCAGUGAAAAGCUCCCCAAGAGCCUCGUUACAUCUAAUCAUUUCACGUACUUCAAAUUGGACUCUCGUGCUGUCACCAUCGAUACCGUUCUCUUGAGAUCUCCUCAGUAUCAUCUGGGGGAGAAUGUCACAGUCAACCUGACUGUUGUGGAAUCCAACUAUGCAACUGUGGAAUUUCCCUCGACUGGUCUGAAUUACACUCGUUGUCAAACCAUAGAGCAGUGCAAUGAAGAGCUUACCAACAUCAAGGUGACCUUCAAGGAUGGUGUACAGGAUGUCUGUCUGGUUACUGUGCAGGUUGAUAUGUACAAAGCCAACUCCUCUCAGCUUGUGGAUACCCUGGUCGUAUGGGCUGUCAACACCACGCACCAGUGUGCUGAUGUUGCCUCUACUCAUCCGACCUUUGAACUGACUCCAAGACAACUGAUGAUGAGACAAGGCUCUGUGGACAACCCUCUUAAUCUCUCCUCCAAUCUAGAAGUAGAGGAUGCAGCGGUGGUGCCAGGUAUCCUCCAUGUCAAGCUGUACGCUGAACACGGCAUCAUCACCAUGAAGGUCCCCGAUGGCCUUCGCAUCUACUCCGAUCACAUGGGGCAGCAUGAAGGAAUCUCCUCCUACCUGUCUAUCGCUGGGCCUGUUCCCAUGGUACUUGAAGCACUGGCAGCAGCACGCUUCACACCAUUUGAGCCCCUGUAUGGAGGGACAGUGGUGAUGGUGGACUACAGGAUGCCAUCCACUGCCUCUCAGCUGCUCUAUGGGAAUGUUCAACCCUUCCGACGCACUCUGGUGACCAUUGAGAUCAGAGGUGGGAUUAUGCCUUACAUGCCAGUGGUCGUUCGUCCCCAGGAGAUGUGCGUAUCGGAGUCCUCUAGUCUGAGCAUUAACCAGACAGCAGUCUUAAGAAGAUUCAAUGUGGAUGAGACGGUAUCAUUGACGGUCACACCAGAUAUUGGUUCCGUACAGCCAGACACCAGUCAGAAGGCAAUGUAUGAAUGUCCUAUCCAAGGAGACCCCACAGUGGACAAUCAAGUGGAUAUUGAAUGCAGGUAUCACAGCGACUGUCAAGAUAACCUUCUGUGUUGUCCUGUUGGUCCUAGGCUCACAUGUAUGGAAGGAACACUCAAGGCCAAUAUAUUGCUGCUGGCUACAAACCAAGUCUACAUGAGUGGAGACACCGCAGGCAUCAAUGAGAUGUUUAAUCUUAAUGCAGUCCGCUAUGUGCCAGCACCAUGUCUUGAUGGUGAGACCUACACUGACAAUAUCGCCAUCCAGGUCGCCCUCUCUCGUAACCCAGAAGGAGAUGAUGUCAGAGCUAACAUUCCUAUCCAUGUUCUGUGCAACAGCCAAUCACAAAGUGUUUUGCCAGUAGUGCAAGAACUGGUGAACUGUGAAUGGAGCGAUUGGACGUCUUGUAUCCCAGAGGGCAGUGUUUGUGGAUUAGGAUCUCAGCAGCGUCACCAGAUCUGCGACUCCCAGGAUGUGAUAGAGUCAAGGCCUUGUCUGAACUGCACUUGUGCCCCCACGCCCACCACCCUCACUGACCCCUCUCCCAGCAUGGAGGGGUGCAACUCUGAGGUGCCGGUACUCAAAUGCCCCACCGGAUGCUCUGUAGGCACCUACCACAUGCAGAUGAUCACCUUUCUAUGUCAACCAACCUCUGUAGAGGAACAGGCCAAGGAGCUAGAGAGUCUUGAAACCAACAUCAAGAUCCAUGACUCCUGUGUUUGCAACUAUUGCAGCUCCUAUCAAUACCAGAGAGAUGAUUAGGUCCCGCGACAAACAGUAGGGUUGUUUUAUUCCCUAAAUCCUCUGAAAUUAUGAAAGGUCAUUUUCUGUUGCAUAAAUUAAUGUUCAAUUCAAUUAUGUGACUGUUCAGAUCCUAGCAAUACUAAAAGAAAUGUCUGGAUUUGGAAAGCAAUAGGAUUCUGUGAUACUCUUACUAUUCUGCAUUCUUUUGAAUAAAAUAUUCUUCACAAAAAUCUUGAAUAAAAUGAUUUAUUAUUUAAAUUUGAAGAUUAAUGACUAACAAUCAAAAAUUAUAUUGAAGAUAAAUUGGAAUCAUUGGAAUGGAAUUAAUAAAAGUGAAUUAAAAAGUUGUUCGCCCAUGAUAAUGUACUUACAUGAAACGAUUGGUUAACAUAAAUAUGAAAUGACUCUAGAUUAAGAACUUCUAAAUUUCUUUUUAAAAACAUAUCAAUUUUCAAUUUUGUUAUGAAUUCUACUCUGUAGCUAUGUUUAGUGAAUUUCUACAUUAUCCUAACUUGUAGCAUAAGUAUUUCAAGUUAUCAUAAUCUUUUUCUUUGUGUAGUUGAAUUCUUUUGAUCACCAUAUGAAUGUUAAAACAAAGUGGAGAAAUAAUCUUUAUAAAAUCAAAGGCAACUUUUACUAUUGCCUGAAAUAUUGUUUCAAACCUUUAUCCAAUUACAAUUUGAUCUCAGUUUUUAUCACAUUAAUUAAUGUUUGUACUGUGUAGGUCAUAAUGUUAGUGUUUCUUAUAAUCUCAUUGAAUCAAUGACUCCAUAAAAGCAGCAGGGAUUUUUAAAUUGUCAUUAAAUCAUUUUAUUUUUAAUCAAGUAGUACAAAUGAUGUUGCUUGAUAGUAACAUUCCAUCUAUAUCUGAGUUGUUUUCUGAGCUUAAAAUCAGUAAAAAUUCACCAUUUGUGGGAAAUUAAAUUAAACUAAAAACCAGAAUAAUAAUAAUAAAAAUAAGUUCUUAGAACUUUUGUGGCUUUCUGAAUUACUCAUAACAGCAAAUUUAUUCACAGUACUUAGAGCCUCUAGUUGAAUCACAAUUGGAUAUUGAAACUUUAAAAAGUGCCAUUUUGUAAUCUAUGCAUUUGGAUGUUGUGCCAAUAAAAUUUCUAAUUACACAUGUAUAUGAAAGCAUUGCCGUUGUCUUUUAUAUCAUUUAGGUUUGUUAGAUGUUAUAGUCAUGCAUGGAAUUAUUAAAUACAUUUUCUUGCAAGGUUACUCAAUAAAUAAACGGUAAUUAUUGCAAAC